CAGCAGCAGCAGCCGCGGCCGCCGCUCCCGUCCGCUAGGCGCAGGCACAGGCCCCGCCGCCGUCUCCUCCGCCGCCCCCGGCGGCCCGGCACCGGUACCUCGCAGCGGCAGCCGCCGCCACCUCCGCCCAUCGCCUGGGCCAGCACCGCGGCUCUCAUGACAACCGAGCCCGGGCCAGGAGGGCGGGGGACCCGGUGCGCAUGCGCCUAUCCGCUCGCCUUCCUCGCCCUUCUCCCCUCCCCGACCUCUCCAGUCGUGCACCUGCGCAAAGGGGACGAAACUCUACGGCGCCUUCUGGGAAGUGUAGUUUUCCUUCCCCCCGCUCCCUCCAGGCAGUCCCGUUGUGCACCUGCGCGGAGGGGAGAGGGGAAAAGACGAAGUCCCAAAGUCGUCUGGGUAAUGUAGUUUCUCCCCCUCAGGGAGAGGUGACUUGCUUUUAGUUGUUUUGUUCCGUGGCGGCGCGAGUCCUGGUCCCAGCGGGCCGACUGGCUGGAUAGCUCAGCUGGGUUCCGACGGCUCGGCUGAGCAAUCCUCGGGCUCGGCUCUGGGAAAAGUGUUUCUUCAGAGGUCUACAAUGUCCAAGAGGCCCCGGACUUUCAAGCUGCGGACGCUGCACAGCCAGGACAAAUACGGGGUGGCGGGAAAGAACUGCCGGGAAGUGUUGCAGAAAGGAUGUCAGAAAUUCCAGCUUUCAAUUUCUGGCUGCCGCCUGUGUUUGUAUGAAGAUGGCACUGAACUCACAGAAGACUACUUUCAGCAUCUCCCUGAUAACACUGAACUCAUGCUUCUGACCCCUGGGCAGACCUGGCAGGGCUAUAUCAGCGACAUCCAUCGCUUUCUCACCAUAUUCUACAAACCACAGGCAGACGUCAUUCAAGCGGCUCAGAAACUGCUCUCUGAUGAGCGGGCUCCCUUGAGGCAGAAGCUUCUUGCCGACUUUCUUCACAACGUUAAUGAAAACAUCCAGGCAGAAAGCCGAGAGGAGGAUGGGCCGUGGUUUGAAGGCUUGGAGUCUCGAUUCAGGAAUAAGUCUAGCUAUUUGAGGUACAGCUGUGAGAGCCGCAUCCGGAGUUAUCUGAAAGAGGUGAGUGCCUAUGCGUCCACCCUCGAUCCCAAGCCUCGAGCAGAAUAUCUGAAAAUCAUUGACCGUAUGUGUGAGAAACUGAAAUCGGUACGCUACAAUGGCAGUUACUUUGAUAGGAAAGACAAAGGGAAAGAGCGUCUUUGUACAUCAGAAGGAUGGUUCUCUUGUCAGGGUCCUUUCGAUUUGGAUGCUUGUUUGUCUACACACUCCAUCAACCCCUACAGCAACCGAGAAAGUCGAAUUCUCUUCAGCACAUGGAACCUAGAUCACAAAAUUGAAAAGAAACGCACCAUCGUGCCCACCUUGGCUGAAGCUAUUGCUGAGCAAAAUGGGAGAGAAGUAGACUGGGAAUAUUUCUAUAGCCUGCUUUUUACUUCCAGUAACCUCAAAUUGGUGCAUAUUGCCUGCCAUAAGAAAAGUUGUCAUAACCUCAGCUGUGAUGAAACCAGGAUUUAUAAAUCCAAGAAGCAGGUUGUCAGGAAACGUGCUGCCCGCCGACGUCGGUGACCUUUCUUCCAUUGCUUUCCUAGGUUUUAGAGGCAGAAGGGGACUUGGAGAACACCUGCUCCAUUCCCCUUGUCUUACAGAAGAAAAAACAGGUUCAAAUAGGGGAAGAAGCAAGUAUUUAUUAAGUGCCUACUGUGUGCCAUUCUCUGUCCUAGUGCUGGGGAUGGCUACAAAGACAAAAAUGGAAUAUUUUCUACCCUCAGUGAGCUUGCAUUUAUCAGAAGAAACAAUAUGUGUACAUAAAAUGAUGUAAAAAAUAAAUUUCUGUUUGGGCGGAAGAAUUAA